UUGUUUUCCAAAUGCUUCGACUGCGGAGACAUUUGUAAACAACCUAAAUAUCAGCACCUUGAAAAAGUAAUUUUUGAAAAUGAAUCAUAUCAAUAUUCUCUUCACUAUUCUUAUUUACGUAGAAUCAGUCAUAUUCAGUCUCAUCCAGUUGUGAACGGCAGUUUUAGCAAAACUCGUGACGGUCAAACUGUUACACCAAAAUUCCUGUUUAAAUAUUACGAUACACACGUCAAAAGUUUGGUUAUUUACUCUUUUGGUCUUAUACGUAUGUACGGAGUAGGCAAAUUCGGUCAAAUCGUAAAUUCUAUACCAGAGGAUUUUCAGUCCGAAUUUGAGAUUUUGAAUGACAUGGACUUCAUCGCUGCCAGAUGGUUCUAUGUAGUAGAACAUAAUAAUACAAAGUUUACAGCCAAGAUAACCAAUCUGAUUGAUCGCAAUGGAAAGAUAUCAUUCUAUUAUGAAGACAUUCCCACAGAAAUAAACGAAAGCAAGUGGAAGUCGACUAUUUCAGUUUGGUUGACGUGUGAAGCUUUUGAAGACACACCAUAUGAAAUAUCUGUUUCUGGAAAAUGGAUCAAAAGCGGCACGUUAGUGGAGCAUGAAGCCAUCGGGAAAACGUGUCCAAAAUACAAUUCAACUGAACUAUGUCAAAACUCAACAACACCGAAUACAACAUGUAUUUGGUGUGAAAGAACUCAUAUAUGCAUUGAUAGUAAUGAUCAGGAUACUCAUGGCAUGAAAGUAAUUGAUUGUCAUGUUGAGAUAAGCUCCAAAGUUAACAAUUUGAGCACACAAAUACCCGUGAAACACACUGAAACGACUUCGGGGAUGACUGAAGUUCCGGUUACGGGAAAUCGCAAGAAAACCACCGAAGGAACUGAUCAAUACUCGAAUAUGAUUACCGAGAUAGUCAAUGACAAUGAACAGAACAAAUCACUUCAGUACACAUACAUUGUGAUUUCUUUAGUUGUAUCCUUCAUUGCUGUCUGUAUCGGUUCUGGUAUUUAUGCAUGUCUGUAUAAAAAGAAGAAAAGUCAUUUAUGA